AUGGCCGAGGAAGGCGUUGCUGCUGGAGGUGUAAUGGACGCUAACGCCACUCUACAAGAAGUGCUGAAGACCACAUUCAUCCAUGAUGCUCCAGCUCGCAGAACUCAUGGAGCUGCCAAAGCCUUGGACAAACACCAAGCCCAUCUUUGUGUUCUGGCUUCCAACUGUGAUGAACCCAUGGAUGUAAAAUUGGUUGAAGCCCUGUGUGCUGAGCACCGAAUUAACCUGAUCAAGGUUGAUGACAACAAGAAGCUGGGUGAAUGGGUAGGCCUCUGUAAAAGUGACAAAGAGGGAAAGCCCCACAAAAUGGUUGGCUGCAGUUGCAUUGUUGUUAAAGACUAUGGCAAGGAAUCUCAGGCCACAGAUGUCAUUGAAGAAUAUUUCAAAUGCAAGAAAUGA